AUGGCAAGACGUUCAUCGCCCAACUCCGAGUUGUCCUCCGAGGAGACAGAUGGUGCUAGUUAUAGACGGAGAUCCAGAACUCCGCCCAACGAGUCUUUCUCCUACGACAAGAAGUACCACCAUAGACAUAGAGACAAAAGCCCACCUCGCAAAGGCCUGGGGAACGAUGCCAUGAACAAGGCGUUGAGCCAAGUUUCUAAGUCACCUUUCACACGAAACAUAGAAGUCGCGAGUCUUCCUUGGCAAUUCCAUCAACCCAUGUUCACCAUUUAUAAUGGUCGAACAGAUCUAGUGGAACAUGUCAGUCAUUUCAAUCAAAGGAUGACCGUUCAUUCCAAAGAUGAGGUUUUGAUGUGUAAGGUCUUUCCAUCUAGUUUGGGCCUAGUGGCGAUAAGGUGGUUCAAUGGUUUAAAGGCGAAUUCUAUUGACUCCUUUAAGAUGCUUACCCGGGCCUUUGGUGCUCGCUUUAUCACUUGUAGCGGGGUUUCUCGGCCUUUGGGAUCCUUAUUAUCUAUGUCCAUGCGGGAGGGGGAAAUUCUGAAGGCCUAUUCAGAUAGAUACUGGGAGAUGUUUAACGAAAUAGACGGAGACUAUGACGAUGUGACCAUUAGUACUUUCAAGGCUGGCCUCCUAGCGGAGCGUGAUCUGAGGAAAUCUCUGACUGGUAAGCAUGUUACCAGUGUGCGUCAAUUUAUGGAUCGGGUUGACAAGUAUAGAAGGGUAGAAGAAGACCAAAUGCAGGGAAAAGGAAAGACUAAAGUGAUCCCUCAGGAGAGGAGGGAUUUCAGGUCGAACUGGUAUAAUAAUAACCAACCUCAGAAAGACUUUGUUGGGCAGCCAAGAUCUGCCAGCACCUAG